AUGAAUGAUGGUUUGAUAUAUUUAAUCGCUGUAUUUAGUGGAAUCAUAUUCUCUGUAUUCAAUAUCAUUACAAUCACUGUCAUACUCAUUGAUAGAAAAUUAAGAAGUUCUAUCACUAACCGUCCUAUUCUCAGUUUUCUUGUUGCAUCCACAAUUCAGGGACUUCUUCCAGCACCUUUAUAUGUUUAUAAAAGAUUGGUACAAUCGCAGCAUACAUCUGAAUGGGUUUGUGAUGUAUAUCGCCUUCUAUAUUUCUACUGUGGACAUAUGAUGAAAAUCAGCUUAGUUUUGGUUAGCAUCGAUCGAUUAUUAGCUGUCAAAUAUCCUUUCAAAUAUGACAAUUACAUCACGAAAGCAAGAACAACAAUAUUGAUAAUAUUCCUAUGCAUAGUUACUCUUUUUGUAGAUACUUUACCAUUUUACAUCAAUGUUGAGAGAACAGAUGAAUGUCAAUACGUCCCAGUACGUAUUUGGGGGCUUUUUGUUAUCUCUUUGUAUACUAUAUUACCAUUUUUUCUUAUUUUGAUUAACUACAUACAAAUAUGGCUUGUCGCCGCAAGAAUGGCCUUUAAAGAUAAGAGAUUGCGAGAACGUUUCCAUAACGAUGAAAAUGAAAAUGGUAGUGUGAUUAGAAACUACCGAGUUGACGAUGAGGAAGAAAAUGAAAUGGAUAAAGAUGAAGAUGAAGAAGUAAAAAUGCUGAAAGAUAGAAAGAAAAUAAAUUAUGGUUCGAUAAACAGUAUUAUUCACAUAAAGGCCAAUGUAAAGUUUGCCUUUGAAAUGAAAGCAACAAGGACAUCUUUAGCAUUGAUUGCUGUUUAUGUUUUCUGUUGGGGACCGCUUGGUGUAUUUUACAUGAUUGAUCAUUUUUGUUAUAACUGUUUAUCAGAUGACGAUGAUUUGAAAUUAACACGUGCUUUUGUUAAACUUUUAUCCUUUUCAUCAAGUAUUUUAGCACCUAUUGUGUAUUGUUGGUGGAAUAGAGAUUUUAAAAAAGCAGCACAAAGGUUAUGCGUACAGUAUUGUUGUUUAAAAGUAAAUAGGGAAAAGCAAAGAAGACAAUCGCCAUUGACGCAACAGACACAGCACUUAAUUGAGACGAAGGACACAUCAGUAACAUCCUUUAAUUGA